AUGUCUGGCAGUCAGAAGAGCAGUACAUUGCCAUUCAGUGAGCAAAUACCACUCUCAGAAAGUUCUGAAGUAAAAAAGUCACAGAGUUAUGAAGAGAAAAUGUUUUAUAGAAAUUGCAGAGCAGCUUAUUUGGCUGUCUUUAAAAGCAGCUUAGAAAACAUUGAAUCAAAAGAACAGCUGUAUUUAGUCCUUCAGCAAGCUGGACAAAAUCCAUCUCAGAAGACUGUUAGUAAAUACUGGACACCCCAAACUACCGCACUGAAUUUUGAUGAUUUUUGUUUCAUUUUAAAACAAGAAAACCCUAUUAAGGAAACAGAACUACUUGAAGCAUUCUCAAAAAUAGAUGGAAAUAAUGAUGGCUAUAUUUUGCAUUGUGAACUUUGUAAAAUUCUUGAAACUAGAGGUGAAAAAAUGUCUCUUGAUGAACUUAAUGCAAUCUCUAGAUUGCCUGAAGUGAACAAGGAUGGAAAGUUUGACUAUUACAAGUUUUGUCAGUUGUAUAUGACAACCCGUGAACAGUGUCUCAAGAAUGCACUAGAGAAACUGGAAGUUAACAGUAAAUUGAAACUUCAACAAUUUGGAAGUCAGACUGAAAUUUUAUCAGAAAUGACACCAUCAAAUUCAAAAUCAUUGCUAAGUAAGGAAAAGAAAACUAAAAAGAGUCCAAUUCAAGAAAGAGGUGAUCACAACAAUUCCUUGCAAUAUUCCUCAGCUCCCAGUUGCAAACGAAGUGUUUCUUCCACUGUUAGUAUGGAUGCCAGGAGCAACAGAAAUUCAAAGCUUAUUGAGGCAAAUGAGGCAAAGGAAUGGCAAUGUACACAGUCCAAAGGAUGCUUCUUCAUACAGGACAAUGGAGAGAUAGUCAGUCAUAAAUAUAAAUUCUUCUUAUCUCAGAAAUCUACAGUGUGUAUUACUAUUCAGCCUAUAAAGCUUAGCCAAAUGGAAGGAAAAUAUACCACGUGGUUAGCAGCGGACACAACUUUGUACGUAGUCAAAGAAAAUGAAACUGAUAAAAACAUACAGUUUGUAAGAUUUACUGAGCUACAAAAUAAAAAGGCUUUUGGAUGGAGAGGGGAACUUGAAGCUGGUAUCUAUUGGAUAAUCCCUUUCACAACUGGCUGCAGAUUCAGAAAGGUGAAAAAGCAAAUUAAAGAAGUUCAACUUGUAUGUAGAGAUGGAAAUGGAAAUUUGACAUUUACCAAAGAGUUAAGAGCAGUCUUAUCACAGAUAUUUGAAAUGAUUGAUUUGGAUAGCAAUGGCUUUCUCAGCCUUGAAGAAUACAACUUCUUUGAAAUGAGAACUGGUGGUGAGAAGUGUGAUGAAGAAGCUUGGGCGGCAUGUAAAGAAAUUGUUGAUAUGAAGAACAGCGAACUCACAAAAAAGGGGUUUAUGGAUUUGAAUAAUAUGGAAGUUAGUGAAAACGUUGAUCUCAGAAGCUUGUGGCUGACUUUGAGCUCUAUGGGCUACAAUAAAUCAAUGGAAUUAACUGGGGCAUGCCCGUUUUCUAUUCACAUCUAUGCAGAAAAGGGCAGACCUAGAAUUAAACCUGUUUGCCUGGAAACUGUUGGUGAACAACUUAAGAAUCUGAUUUGUAUGAGCAUGGUUAAUAAAGGAGAAACUAAGCCAAUCAAUCUCAGUGAAAAUAUUAUUAUUCACACAUACAAAAGCAAUAAUCGGAUCACUUCUGUCAUUGAAAACAAGUCUGAAAGCAAACCAGUCAUUUACGUCAAUAACAAGGAGAGUAAAAACUGUUUCAAUAAUAGAGGACUUGACACUUUUGCUAUUGAAAUAGCUCCAUAUUCCAUGAUGGUCUGUCAGCACGUGAUACCAUUAAAUGAAAAAGAAGAAUGGAUAUAUAGCUGUGUGUAUUCCAUCUUGUCUUAA